GUCGGUAUGCUUAAUCGAUUACCCCUCCAUUUAUGCCAAUAAGCAGCUCAAGUAAAACUUCCUCCCCCACUUCAUCUUAGACAUCUUAGACUUCUACGAGAUCCUCCAACAUCGAGCUUUUUCCUACAAGACCCGAGUUAGCUUGGUUUGUGAAAUUGCAAUGCUCUACCUCGUGGGACUAGGUCUCUCCGAUGAGACGGAUAUAACGGUGAAAGGCCUCGAAAUCGUGAAAAAGGCAUCCCGGGUCUAUCUCGAAGCUUACACCAGUAUUCUCCUAGUAGAUCAGUCUGUCUUAGAGAACUACUAUGGCCGAUCCAUCGUAGUCGCAGAUCGCGAGAUGGUCGAGUCGAAUAGCGAAGAAAUCCUCCGCGACGCGCACACUGAGGAUGUCGCAUUUUUAGUAGUUGGUGAUCCUUUUGGCGCGACUACGCAUACUGACCUCGUUCUUCGAGCGCGCGAGCUCUCAAUCCCCGUCCAGACAGUACCAAAUGCUUCCAUAAUGUCAGGGAUAGGAGCUACAGGGCUUCAACUAUACAACUUCGGCCAGACGGUAUCUAUGGUAUUCUUUUUAGAUAAUUGGCGGCCCGCGUCCUUCUACGACCGCAUCAAGGAGAACCGAUCCAUUGGGCUACAUACACUCGUGCUAUUGGAUAUCAAAGUCAAGGAGCAGAGCUUAGAGAACAUGGCUCGAGGAAGGAAGAUAUACGAACCCCCUAGAUAUAUGACAGUCGGGCAAUGCGCGCAGCAGAUGCUUGAGAUCGAAGAAGAAAAGAAGGAAGGCGUUUACGGGCCGGAGAGCUUAGCCAUCGGCGCCGCGAGGGUUGGCGGUAGAGAAGAGAAGUUUGUUGCCGGAACACUAAAGCAGCUCUGCGACGCAGAUGAAGCACUCGGGCCGCCGCUACAUAGCUUAGUGUUGCUGGGGAAAAGAGCACACGAGCUAGAGAGGGAUUAUGCUCGCGAGUUUGCGGUCGAUAAGGAGGUGUGGGAUACGAUUUGGACUAGGGAUUACGGUCAGCAAUGAAGAAAGGCAUCAUUGGUUUAUUUCAUGAUUUAACAUAGGCCAUUCCUCAAGACCAAAUCCCGCCUUUCUUAAGAUCCCAAGCUACCUACCUAUAUACUAUGUACCUAUGUAGACUCUUUUCGCGAUACUUUGUGAUACUUAAUUAAAUGACGGCAACCUCGUUUAUUAAUAAAUGC